ACCAACUCAUUUCUGUGUUGAGUGACGAACUAUUGAAACCGAAAAUUGAAGUCAUUCAUAGCGAAAUGAACAGAGGUUUUCAGUCCAAAAUGGUUUCUUCGAGAAUUUUGAAGAACAUAAUAUUCUAUUGUUUGGGUGUUUUGUUGUUGAUAAGCAAAUCAAAUACGAUCAGUGCGAUAGAUGAAGUUGGUGGUUUGAAAGUGAAUGAAUUUGUUGUGGCACCUGAAAUUGAAGCAAAAUUGGGUGAAUUAUCAAAACAUGUGAAUGUUCCGCGAUCAUGGAGAAUCGAUCUCAACUUGGAAUUUAUCAACAAUCACAAAUUACAUGAAAAUAUAACAUCAAUGUUUGAAUAUUAUAAUAAAGUCUUCCAUGUGAUGCUACUGAUGUUUUUCGGCAUUUCAUGUGAUUGGAAGAAAAUUCAAACGAUAUUACGAUUUCCUGUCGGCCCGGUCAUUGCCGCAUUCUGUCGCUGGAUCUAUGUGCCUUUAGCUUGCUAUAGCCUUGGUUUAUUAUUAUUCAAAGAUAAAAUACCAUUGCGAAUGGGGCUGUUUUUGACUGCACUCAAACCCACUGGCGCUUUCUCCACCGCGUGGACAAUUAUUUUAAACGGAAACAUUGACUUAUCCGUCACAAUAUGCGUUGUUAACACCGUGUUAUCGUAUGGAAUGACCACUUUUUGGCUGUCGACGCUAGUUAAGCAGAUCAGCGAUAACGUUGAUAUCGAGAUUAUAACGCCUUUUCUCAGUUUCAAUCGAACCAUAAGUUACACAAUCGUUCCGCUUGCCGUGGGUAUACUGCUUCAGUACAUUUUUCGGCGACAGUACACAAGAUAUUCACGGAAUAUUUUGAUGUGGACAGCAACCACAUAUGUUUUUUCGAAUAUUUUGUACACAAUUGUGCUGGAUACAAUAAUCUUUUUUUCAUUUCCAUUUCCCAUGUUUUGGCUGUUCCUUUUGAUUGGAUUCGUUGUGGCAUCAUCAUCAUACUUAUUAGGAUGGGUUUUGGCUUUAGCGUUCAAACAGGAGUAUGAAGACUGUUUGGCAAUCGCAGUUGAAUCAACCGCGCAAACUGGAGUUUAUUCGAUGAAAUCAUUGGUGAUUAAUUCAUUCUUUUUGCAAAACGAUCAGCAAGUGGCGUUGCGAAAGGAGGAAAAUGAUCAUAUCGUGAGUGAACUCAUUCCCAAACGAUGAAAUCAGCGUGUUAUCUAGUCAAUUUACCUGUGCUCGAUACAAUAUCAAUGAACGGAACCACGAAACAUUUUAUUUUCAAUUCAAAUAUUCACUUUCGAUCAUUUCUUUAUCAAUAAGUGCUGCAACAAAUAAAUCCAUUGUAUGGCUUUCGUACUGGAAAAAAGUGCAAGCGUUGGAUUAUAAAAAGAAUAUUAAUCAUCAUCCACUUAUUAUCAAUCCAAUGGAUUAGCUUUCGAGAAAAAACAAAACACAUUAUCUGUUUACGUCAUAUCUGGUGCUCAAUGUGUGUGUAUGACACCAUCGGCGUGUUACCAGUCAUUUAGUUUCGAAUAAGCAAAAAUUGGCGACUACUCUCAUUCAAUUUACACCAAUUGAUGGAGAUUGAGCAAUCGAUUGUGCAAUUGCAGAGAAGAAAGUGUAUUUUAGUUGAUUUUAAAAUUGGUUGAGUAAAAAUUUCAUCCAAAAUUUAUAAAAUUGUGAACAAAAAUGUCAAACGAAAUCAUGUCACUGAUUACAACAAUGAACACCUUCAAGGAAAAGUUUGUAUUGCUGCGGUAAUUCCCAGCAAAAUCAAAGUUAAUUAAUGGCACUAUUCAUUAUUUCACAGAGUACAGCUUUACUAUGGUUUGGCAAAACUCAUGGCAUUUUAUAUUUUUAAAUUAUUUAUUUUCUCUCUUUGGAUUGGAGUGCCCCAUUCCGAUAGAGGCAUUUAUCUACGGCAACGUUUGUUCCCAAUUUUGGGAAGCUAUAAUCAAGCGAAUUUGACAGAUACAUUUGUUUAAAAGUCAGAAAAAUGGUGAAAAAUGAGGAUAAUGGUUGAAAAAUCAACGCUUUUCAUCUUUGCAGAGGUUAUCUUGCAGUUAAUAUUAUAAUAUUUUAUUCCAUUUUGAUAAAUAUUUCUAGCUUUAACCCUAAAAUAAAUCGUAAUUGCUUACAAACCGUAUUUUCACUUUUAUUUUGCUAAAUUUUGUAAACAAGACAACAAUAGAUUGACAUCUGCUGUCAAAUUCACUUUGUCGUGCGUCAUUCACACAUGAUGCUUUGACUGUUUGUGGUCACAUAGAAUCACAGGGGAAUCUUAUUCCUAGAAAUCGGUAUUAAAUCCAAUCGAAAUGAAUUAUUGUUUCGGAAAGCCAAAAAAUCAGAAUUAAAAUAUUUCAUAAAAUCAAAUAUAUCGUCUUGUAACUCAGUUCUUUGGUCAAGCGAAAACAAUCGUUUGUCAACGGUCAUUAUGAAUUACGACAGACCACGUCAACAAUACUUAUCCGCUUGUUUCGGAUGAGUGAAUGCUGCAACACAUGCGCAAAUACUGUAUGUUAUUUGUCUUACGACUGCGCUGUAUACACUAGUGCACUACUGUAUUACUCAUACUUUGCAACGAUCUUGUUUUGAAUGAUAUCAAAAGUUGUU